CGUCGGAUACACGGUACUCCGAAAAUCCCAGCAUAGAAGUUGCGGGUGACGGGCUUUCUAAAACUGUCCUUCAGUUGAACACCUAGUUCUCUUAGUAUGCUGGCUACUGCUCUGGCGAAAAUGUCGCGUAACGGUGUAUCAGCAGCUCUUGCUAGAACAGGUGCAGUUGCUGCUCACAUGUCUACCAGCGCUCAGGCAGCACAGCUAGAGCAAUCGGUGCUCUUUGAGUCGAAUGGCGCUACACGCACCUAUGUCUUGAACCGAGCAAGCAAAUUGAACGCUCUCAAUGCUGACAUGCUCAAGUUGAUGAGACCUCAACUGGAGCAAUGGUCAAAAUCCGACUUAUGCAAGAUUAUCGUCGGGACAGGUGUCGGCCGUGCAUUUUGCGCGGGAGGUGAUGUUGCAACUGUAUUACAGCAUUCACUGGAUGUUGCCACUCGUCCAAAGGCCAUAGAAUUCUUCAAAGACGAAUUUGAAAUGGACUACAUUUUGUCUGCGUUGCCGAAGCCAUAUGUAACCAUUUUGGAUGGUAUUACAGUGGGCGGAGGAGUCGGGCUUGCUGUUGGCGCUCCUUUUCGUGUUGCAACGGAGAAGUCGGUAUUUGCUAUGCCAGAAACCAAGAUAGGUUACUGCCCCGAUGUCGGAGCAAGCUUCUUCUUGUCCAAGAUCGACGGUGAAAUUGGCACAUAUCUUUCCCUGACCUCGGAAACUCUCACUGGCAGAGAAGUCUUUGAACUAGGAUUUGCUACUCACUUCGUAUCGUCAAGAACGGUGCCCAAUCUGCUAACUCGUUUAUCUGAUUUAGAGGAUCCUUCUUCUGCCAUGAUUGAUAAGACCAUCGAGGACCAUCACGCGAAACGCCUUCCAGACGAACCGGUUGGAAAGCUGACGGGUCGUACGCGCCAGGCUCUUGACAUGGCAUUCCGACACAAUACAGUUGAGGAGAUUGUGGAAGAUCUCACAAAGCUCACCGCAACCUCCGACGAGACAGUAGCCAAGUGGGCCUCGGAAACACUAAAGACCUUGCAUAUGCGAAGUCCGACUAGCCUCAAGGUAGCACUGGAAGCGGUCCGGCGCGGGAAGGAGAUGACUCUUCUCGAAGCCCUUCAAAUGGAAAUGGGUAUCGCCACAGCUUACUGUAGCGGUGCAAGUACAGAUUUCAGUGCAGGAAUAACCGCAGUCUUGGUUGACAAAACAAGAGGUCGCCCUACCUGGUCUCCUGACAAGCUCAACGACGUCACGGAUUUGAUAGUGAGACAAUUCUUUGAGAAAGACUCUAGCUACCUUAGCGCCAUGCCUAUUUUGACACCGCCGGACUUCCUUUUGAGUGGCAAGCAGAAUCCGAUGCGGUUUGCUCUGCCCAGUGAAGAUGCCAUCCUACAAAUCGUCAAGUCGAAAGCCAGGAAAGAUCCCAUCUCCCUUUCUGACCUACUGGCACAUUUCGACAAUCUCCACUCGCGUAAGCAAGGUGUCGCAGAGAAAGUGGUGGAGGUAGUGAGGCGCAGAUGUGAUGUCAUUGGUAAUCAAGGUUCGGAGGUCGUUGAUUGCAAAGAGCAAUAGUCUGCUCCCGUAGUUGCGGCACAGUAUACCCUCCUCGAUAUCACGAUUUGCUUAUCAUGCUGUAUGCUUCGCACGCAGCAAUUGUCACCACGUCGUCCGCAACCCGGCGGGCCGGAACUCCAGUCUAGCUCUCGGCGAUGAUCGAUGAUUGUUUGAACCUUACUAUUCAUCCCUAAGGAGAAAAGUGUGUGGUGAACAUUGAUGUUUGACGUUGCGCAAUGCGCAGCUUUUCAUUAUGCUACACUGCCACUACACUAACUCGAACGCUGCCCAAAACUGCAUAUGUAUGAUGAAACAAUACAACCGAAACUUCCGAUAUUAGAUUGGCUAGAUUGCCUCAUAAUUACUGGACGUACUUGUUCUCCGCUUGUCGCACGAUAAUAGCUGGGAGACUCCACAGCUAAGUCGAUAAAAUAUAACUGGAUUAUUUUGAGGUUCUUCAAAUUUUGCUGUGCAUUUGUGAUACAUGAUGUGACUCGAC